UCAUGGUUAGAAAGGUGAGGGGCAUAACAAUGUCUGAGCUCAGUGUUUAAUUACAAACUAGACUUAACAACAUUAAAGCAACUUUCUGUCAUCUGACGGUUUCAGAAAGGCGGAAGAAACCAAACUGAAGUGUUGAGUUGGACCGCUAAUCUUGUGUAUAUCCAUGUUGUUUACAGAACCCACGUUGUUCUGAUUUUUUUUUUCUUUGUUGACGAUUUCUGCGUAAUGUUUUCAUCGAUGUCUUGCGGCGUUAUGACGCUUGUCAAGUGUGAAAGGAGAAUUUUUCACCAGUGAAAUGGGAUUAACCGGCGUUAUUACGUGGGACUGGACGUCUGCUUCAACGGGAUAUUCAGCCUCUUGAAUCUGCUCUGGUACUUUAUAUUGAGCGAAAGGUUUUAUAUUUAUAAUACCCAUGGAGUCUGUUGGGAAGUUUGAGUUCAACAGGAAAGACUUGAUUGGCCACGGUGCGUUUGCGGUUGUGUUCAAAGGCAGACAUAAAGAGAAACGUGAUUGGGAGGUUGCUGUAAAAUGUAUAAACAAAAAAAACCUUGCCAAGUCAAAAUCUUUGCUUGGAAAAGAAAUCAAAAUAUUAAAGGAACUCAAAAAUGAGAAUAUUGUCAGACUACUGGACUAUCAGGAAAUGGGGGGAUGUGUGUAUCUUGUUAUGGAGUACUGCAAUGGAGGUGACCUGGCAGAGUAUCUUCACUCAAAGGGGACGCUGAGUGAGGACACCAUCCGUGUUUUCCUGCAGCAGAUCGCUCAGGCCAUGAAAGUCCUUCAGGGCAAAGGAAUCCUCCACAGAGACCUAAAACCCCAGAAUAUUUUACUCUGCCACUCAGAGGGGCGAAGGUCCAAUUCCAUAAGUACAAGCAUCAAGAUAGCUGAUUUUGGCUUUGCGCGUCAUCUACAGACAAACACUAUGGCAGCCACAUUAUGUGGCUCUCCCAUGUACAUGGCUCCCGAGGUCAUCAUGUCCCAAAACUAUGAUGCCAAGGCCGAUCUGUGGAGCAUAGGUACUAUCGUGUACCAGUGUCUGACAGGAAAGGCACCAUUUCAUGCAAGUACACCACAGGAGCUCCGUCUCUUCUACGAAAGCAACACAAGCCUGUUACCCAGCAUCCCAAAGGAGACUUCUGCUAACCUAAGACACCUACUGCUGGGAUUGCUGCAGAGAAAUCACAAAGAUCGGAUCAGCUUUGAUGAGUUCUUCCACCAUCCUUUCUUGGAGGCGAGUUUGCCUACAAAAAAAUCCUCGCCUGUUCCAAUGUGCUCCUACCCCAGCUCUGGCUCAGGCAGCUCUUCCAGCAGCUCUUCCACAUCCCAGCUGGCCUCACCUCAACAUUCCGAUGGAGAGAUGCAUCAACUUCAGCCCAAAGUGCUUUCCCCACCCAUCCAGGAUACUGCCGGCUUCCUGCAGAAAGAAAAACCCACACAAGAUGGUAGAAACACAUCAUCAGAGACAGAAGAUUAUGUGAUGGUGCCAGUUCAGUUCCCCGAUGAGCACUCGUGUGAGCUGCAGGCUGGGUCACAUGCUGAUAGUUGCUUGGUAUACAGUGGAAGCUCACAGCUAGUGGAGAGAAUCUCUGGAGCCACAGAAAAGACCCUGACUCUGUUGCAUUCUCCAUCAAAGCCUUUUAGCCAUCCUGCUAAACUAAAUGGCCGUAUUUGCAGUCCAUCCGCGCCCAUUCCUGUCCCGACACAGAUCCAGAACUAUCAGCGUAUGGAACAGAACCUGCAGCCCGCUGGCUCCCAUGGCUCCAUAAGGGCUGUGCUAUGCUGUGCUGGCAGCAACACUGUGAAGCCCCUACAUUGUGGAGGUUUUAGGGCUCCAGGUCCAGACGUCGCCUGUAACUGCUCAAAUCAGGCAAAUGGAGGAAGCCAACCACAACAGUCCUCUCCAUUAGUUGGACAGACUCCAAAGACCACAGAGCAGACUCUCCCUCUCAGCACAAGAACUGGACCGCUCAUGGCCUCUCCUGCACAGGUCAUCCCCGGUUCUAAGCAGCCGGUUCAACCCAGAAAGCCAAACCGAACUCGGACUGUCCCAAACCUGCACUCCCUUGACCCACCUCCUGUUUCCCAGACAAACAUCAGUCGGAAGACAGCCAACAAAAAGGGCCCUUUCAAAAGGUCACUCAGCGCUGGCAGGCUAUCUGACAUGUUACUGAAGGCUGCAUUUGGAGCAAAUCUCCUUGAAGAGGGAAAUGACGAGAACUUCUGCUGUGAGAAAAGCAUGGAUACAACAGCUCCAUCUACUGGGUAUCAGAAAGUGUUUCAUCUCUCAGACAGUCCACCGCCUGCUGUGUUCACCAUGGGGUCUCCAACCCAAGGAAACAGCCCUCCUGAUGCUCUGAUAUCGAGGAUGUUGUUAGGCUCUCCUAGCUGGCAGCUCAGCAGUCGCCCUUUUCAGCGAGGAAGCAGACGAAACAGCGAGUGUGAACCCAUGGAUGCUAUUCCACUGAUAUUUCACCCUCCAGAGCUCCCAGAAGAUACACUGAUGGAGGAGGCACAUACAGAUUCUCUCAGUGACCUACGUUUCACCAUGGCUUUUGUUCACUGUGUCAUGGAGCUGGCCUCCUCAAAGGAUCCAGGGCUGGAUGCCAUCAGCAGUCCUGAUGUUUCUUUUCUAGAGCAAAGCUUGGUAACAGAUCAGAUCAGCCUUCUGAGUAGAGAGUGGAGCUAUGCAGAGCAGUUGAUGUUGUACAUGAAAGCUGAGGAGUUUCUGUCAUCAGCACUGCACGCCGCAAAGGAAAAUAUUAAACGAGGCCAACUUCUACCCUCUUCUACUGUCAAACAAGUGAUCAGAAAGCUCAACGACAUGUAUAAGAACUGUGUGACAUACUGUCGCUCCCUGAACAAUCGGCUGCAGGCCUUCUUGCUUGACAAACAGAAACUUAUGGACCGCUUUAAUGGCCUCACAGCAGAAAAGCUCAUUUACAGCCACACUGUGCAAAUGGUACAGUCUGCUGCUUUGGAUGAGAUGUUCCACUAUGGUGCAGCAUCAGUCCAGCGCUACAAUAAAGCCCUUCUGCUGUUAGAGGGUCUUUCCCGAACCCUGACAGAACAAAAGGACAUCAACAGCAUUGAUAAAUGUAAGCACUCCCUAUUGUCUUAAAGCAUAGUAACAGUCACGCAAUGCACCAUGGAAGUGGAUCACAGAAUAUGCAACGACAGCUCCAAAAAUCCAAGUCUGUCAGUGGGUCAGAAGCAGAGGAACAACAACAACAGCCGCCAACUUUGGCAGUUACACAGCAACAAGCUACAGUUAGCCACCCUCAAUCUCCUGUGACCACUUUUUCUUCUGCAGCCAGCCCUUCAGCCCCCCAGUCACCCAAUUAUCAGAUAAUCAUGAGUCGAAGCCCAGUGACAGGCCAAAACGUGAACAUCACAUUACAAAAUGUGGGACAGAUGGUGACUGCUAACCAGCAGAUUACUUUAACUCCACUCCCCAUUCAGAACCCUGCGUCCCCUGGCUUUCAGCAUACUACAUCUCAGUGGAGGUUCGAGCAUGCCCCAUCCUCUUACAUUCAGGUCACCUCACCUGUGCCCCAGCCCAUUCAACCCCAAAGUCCCACCCAGCAUAGCCCGGCCCCUCUGCAAGGUGUUACAAGGCCUGGGGCUCCCACAGCUGCACUGGGUGUAUGUGGGCAGAGUCCAACACGAUUUGUUGAAGCUGGCAUGUUGGUGCGACAAAUCAGUUUAGGCAGCCCGUCAGGAGGAGGCCACUUUGUUUAUCAGGAUGGAACAGGCCUUGCCCAGAUUGCACCUGCUGCAUCUGGACAGGUGCAACUAGCAUCACCAGGAGCACCGGGCUCUGUGCGGGAACGUCGGCUCUCUCAGCCUCAUUCUCAGACUGGAGGCACCAUUCACCACCUGGGACCUCAAAGUCCUGUAGCCACAGGUGCCACCCUCCCCACUCUGGGCAGCCCUGGUCACAUUACCACUUCCAACCUACCUCCACAGAUCAGCAGUAUCAUCCAAGGGCAGCUGUCUCGCCCUAUGAUAUUUGAGAAGACGGCACAAGGUGUGGUUGCAGGAGUAGGAACCACAGCUACAGCCUCAUUCAGCGUACCUUCCUCUAUUCCAGUUUCAAGUCCAUCCCUCACAAGUCCAUCCCAAGGGAUUCCCAACAAUCCUCUUGCACCCACAAGCAUGAGUGUAGGCACGGUGAAAAAACAGGUUCCCAAGAAGUUAGAGGAAAUUGCUCCUUCUACUCCAGAGAUUGCUCAGCUGAGAAAACAAUGCUUGGAGCACCAUACCAAGAAGAUGGACAGUCUCAAAGAAGUAUUCAAAGAAUAUCUGAUUGAACUCUUCUUUCUGCAACAUCUGCAAGGGAACAUGAUGGACUAUCUGGCAUUCAAGAAGAAACCUUGUGCUCCCCUUUAUACAUACUUGAGACAAAGUGACUUGGACCUUGAGGAUGAAGAAGAAGAAGAGGAGCAGUCAGAGGUCAUUAAUGAUGAGGUGAAAGUUGUUACUGGGAAGGACGGCCAAGCGGUGACGCCAGUUGCCAUAGCAACACAGCUUCCUCCCAAUGUUUCUGCGGCUUUCUCUACCCAGCAGCAGUUUCAGGGGCACCAAGGGGCUUCUUCGGGCACCAUUGCAAACUCUGGAGAUAUGGAUGCCUUUAAGAGGCAACAGGCUAUGGUGCAAGCAGGCGGCAUGCCCCCUACUCCUCAAGCGGUCCAGAUUGCAGGCCAGAAGCAGAACCAGCAACAGUACGACCCAUCCAAAGGACCACCAGUACAGAAUGCUGCCAGCCUGCACACCCCUCCUCCUCAGCUACCUGGAAGGUUGCCUCAAGGAACUCUGGCUUUGGCUGGCCUGACCAUGCAGAUCCCUCAACAGACACAGUUAGUGGAAAAUUCAGCUCAAUCUGGUGGUCAGCUCCAGGCACAGAUGAAAGUGCAAGCAAGUGGGAAUGUCCUGGCCACAGUGAACCCCCACACACAGCUUCAGGCCCAGCUGCAGCAGCAACCUGGUAUUCAUUUCCAGUUGCAGACCCAGCAACAACAGUCCCAAGCCAUUCUACAGCCAGGACAAGCGACCGUGGCACUUGCUCGUCCUGGCACUGAGUCAAACCAACCAGUUCCGAGGAUUAUGACCAACUCAAUAUCAAUUACAUCUGUGUCUCCUGCUACCCUUUCUGCUCCAAACGCUACAUCAGCUUCACAUGCUGCAAGUUCCCUUCGUCCUGUGAACUCUAAUAUCAACCCAAGCACCCAGUCUAAACUGACUGGAACCAAUGGCAUAUCAGCGGUGAAAAUAAGUGGCUUUGCUCAGAACACGAGCAUGCAGACCUCUCAGGAAACAACUCAAGAUAAGCAAGUCGAGCAGGCCAAACUGGAGGGCCAGGUGCAUCAGCGCAUUUCGGAGCUAAGGAAAGAGGGUCAGUGGUCGGACAGUCGACUCCCCAAGCUUGUGGAGGCUUCACGUCCAAAGUCCCACUGGGACUACCUCCUGGAAGAGAUGCAGUGGAUGGCAGCUGAUUUUGCGCAGGAGAGAAGAUGGAAGGAGGCCGCUGCAAAGAAGCUUGUUCGUACAUGUGCCCGUUACCAUCAGGAGCAGAAGAAAAGUGAGGAAAGAUCACAGAAAGAAAGAGAAAUCUAUCUGCGUCACAUUGCCAGCACAAUGGCCAGAGAGGUGGAAUUCUUCUGGUCUAACAUAGAACAGGUUGUUGAAGUAAAACUUCAGUUUGAAAUUUAUCAGAAAAAACUUAAAGCGCUGGGGUUACAAAAACUCAAAGCAUCUGGUCUGUCAGCUGGAGAAAAAGGCGAAAAAGUGGAGGCGUCCACUUCUGCUAAAAAAAGAAAAUUGAGUUCAUCCUUGAUGGCUGAUGAAGACGUCACAGAUGAAGAGAGCACCAUAGAGGAACAGGAGGUCACAGAAGUGGAGGAAGACCACAAAGCAGAAUUGGUUGAUCUAGCCAAAGAUGCUGAAAUGCCUCUAGAUGCUUUGAUGAAACAGUAUGCGGGCGCCUAUGCUGAUGACUUUGAGUGGCCUCAACCUAGUCCUCAGAGUGUAAAGAGUGAGAUGGAAGAGACUGAAGAAAUGGAGUGUCCAGCAGGUAGUCCACCUGAGGCGGUUUUGAUUGACUCUCUGCUUAGUGUGGACCAGUAUCGUGGUUCUGACAAAUCUUAUGAAUCUGAUGGGAAGGCUGGCAGAGAUAUAGCUGAAGUGGCAGCUGCCACAGAGCUCAUUCUGCCUAAAGGAAGCCUCAGAACCACUUCAUCAACACGGAGCCCAGCGCCACUUCUUCUGCAUGGACUGCUGCGGGAAUAUCAGCAAAUUGGUGUGGACUGGCUGAUAAACCUUUACAAGAAACACCUCAAUGGAAUCUUAGCUGAUGAGACCGGACUGGGCAAGACGGUACAAACCGUAGCAUACAUGGCCCACUUAGCAGGCCAAGAGGGCAUCUGGGGUCCCCAUCUUAUUGUUGUGAGGACCUGCAAGUUGUUGAGCUGGGAAAUUGAGUUCAAGCGCUGGUGUCCUGGUCUUAAAAUUCUCCUGUACCUGGGCAACAGAAAGGAGCGAAGAUCCAAGAGAACGUGGUGGGAGGAAACAAACAGCUUCCAUGUGUGCUUGACAUCUUACAAGCUGCUGAUGAAAGACCAGAGCCAUUUUCUGAAGAGAGGUUGGAGACAUCUGGUCCUGGACGAAGUACAGCUCAUCAAAAACAUUACAGAGAAACACUGGGAAACUAUCUUUGCCCUAAAGAGUGAACAGAGGAUUCUCCUCAUCAACACCCCUCUGCAAAACACUCUUAAAGAGUUGUGGACGAUGAUUCACUUCCUGUUACCAGGAAUCACCCGGCCCUAUGCUGACUUUCCUGUGAAAGCAAGCACAGAUCAGAACCAGGACUACUGCCACAAACUAGUCAUACGCCUGCACAGGAUGAUCCAACCAUUCAUCUUGAGGCGGUCCAAAAGAGAUGUUGAGAAACAGCUUCCUAAAAAAUAUGAACACAUCCUAAAGUGCCGUCUGUCCAGCAGACAGAAGAGCCUCUAUGAAGAUAUCCUCACUCAAACAGGGGCUCAAGAGGCACUCAAGACGGGCCAUUUUGUCAGCGUGCUUCAGGUUCUGAUGCAGUUGCAGCGAGUGUGUAAUCAUCCUGAGUUAGUGGCACCCAGAGAGAUCAACAGCUCCUAUUUCUGCUCCCCUCUCCAAUACAACGUCCCAUCGCUGGUGCUUAAAGCUAUGGAGACGGACUCCAGCAAGACCUCAAACCUGUCUGUAUUUGAUCUUAUCAACAAUGAGAACAAACUGACUCGCUACCAGACUGAAGAGUCGGUGCCCAAACUGAAGAUCACUCAACAGCUCAUAGAGGAGAUCUACUCAGGUCCAGACCCCCCUCAGAGGCCGAAGCCAUGUCCCAUAAAGCCUGCAAGAUUGUUUCAGCCUGUGCAGUAUGGCACCAAGCCAGAGGGUCGAUUAACUGCCUUUGCAAAUGCAACAGCAGGUCAGCGUCCUCCAACCAGCACUCCCCCCAGUAGUACCACUUCUGCCACAGUUAGCCAGUUAGGCCCAACAAGAGGCAAGUCCCCUGUCUCCACUACUACAGCGACACCCACUUCUCUUGGUGGAGACGUGGUGAAGAUUGCUCAUCUGGCAAACAUAGCAGGCAGUCAAAAUCGGAUCUCCCAGCAGGAGACUCCUGUUACGCUACAAUUCCAGGGCAACAAGUUCACUUUGUCCCCCAGUCAGCUCCGCCAGCUCACCACUGGACAGCCCCUGCAGCUCCAAGGCCUCCACAUUGUGCCAGCUCCAGGGCAGCAGCUCAUAAGGCCCCAGGGGUCCAUGGUAAUGCAAACAAUGCCUCAAGCUGUUCCUGUUUCCAAUGCCUCUGCUACACCUGGCACACCUCACCCUGCCCUGUCAGCAGCUCAGCAAGCACUGAGUGUGACUUCUAAUGCCACAUCAUCCCCCAUAAGGACAGCUACUGCAGCUCAUGGGGCAUCACAGGAGGCCUCAGAGGAAAAGACUCAGCUGGUUAAGGAGCGUUUGAGCCGUUUGUUUGAAGCAAAUGAGCAACGCUGCAGUCGCAGAGUGCUGUAUGGCUCAGAUCUGCUGCAGGCAUGUACUCUGAGCCCGGAGCCUGGUCACUCUGCCCUGACCGCAGGUGGCUGGAGGUGGGUGGGCAGGGAGAGCUGCCUCAGAGCUCAGAAAACAUGUGUGGGAACCACUUGUACACUGCAGUCCUCGCUGCUCUCUGUCCAGGACAACCUGGAGGCUUCCAACAGCCUCAUAAAGAGGCUGACGUGUGUGGUGCCUCCAGCGGUAGCUCCACCUCCUCACUUGUAUACAGCCAAUCCUUCAGUCCCCUACCGCCUGGAGCAGAAGUGCUUUCAGCAGCGGCUGCAGGAGGCCUCUUCCCCCCACAGUGCUGACAUCCACUUUUUAACAUCCAGACAUCUCUUCAGUUAUCCUGACUUGCAGCUAAUGCAGAUGGACUCAGGUAAACUGGAAGCUCUUGCCAUUCUGCUGCAGAAACUUAGGUCAGAGAGUCGCCGGGUCCUCAUCUUUACUCAGAUGCUGAAGAUGUUGGACAUCCUCGAGGCCUUCCUGGAUUACAGGCAGCUCACUUAUGUGCGCAUUGAUGAAAGCCUCGCUUUUGAUGAAAGACAGGAGAACAUGAGGAGGUUUAACAGGAACCGGCAAGUGUUCUGCAGCAUCCUGACCAACCGCUGCUGCUCCGCACUCGGCACCAUGGUUGAUGCAGACACAAUCAUCUUUUACGAUACGGACCUCAAUCCAAGCAUGGACGCCCGCACCCAGGAGUGGUGUGAGAAAAUAGGACGCUCAAAGGACAUACACAUAUAUAGGCUGGAGAGUGGGAAUUCCAUUGAAGAAAAACUGCUGAAAAACGGCACCAAGGAUCUUAUAAGAGAGGUGGCUGCCCAGGGCACGGACUACACUUUGGCUUUUUUGACACAACGGACAAUCCAGGAUCUGUUUGAAGUUGAAGCGGGCUCAGGGGUGAAGGUGGAGGAGUUCGUGGUUCUUCACCAGGAGCCAUCAGCCUCUGAAACCAUUUCUCCCAAAGUGGCAAGACCCUACAUCCAGGCUCUUCACAGUAUCAACCUGGAGGCUCAGCCGGAGGAGGAGGAGGAGCAGCAGGAUGAGGAGUCUGCAGAGGAGUCAGAGAGCCAAACUAAAGAAGAGCCUGCCCAGAUCGAGGAGCUGAAUGCAGUCAUGGAACAGCUGACUCCUAUUGAAAGAUACGCCCUCCAUUAUCUUGAAUACCUCCAUGUGAGUGACGAUGAGGCAGCGCUUAAGGAGCAGUUGGAGUGUGCUAAGAGGGGCUGGGAGUUACAGCAGCUGCAGAAGCUGAAAGAUGAGGAGGAGGAGCACCAGAUGACGGUGGGAGAGGAAGACUUGUUCACCUACACCAGAGAGGAUGCUUACAACAUGGAGUAUGUCUUUGAUGCAGAGGAUGGUCAUACAGAGAUCAUGCCGCUCUGGACUCCACCCACACCUCCACAGGAUGAUAAUGACAUAUACAUUGAUUCAGUGAUGAUGCUGAUGUAUGACACCACGCCUAUGCCAGAGUCCAAGCUGCCCCCGAUCUAUAUCCGUAAGGAGCACAAGAGACUCAAGAUGGACCCUUCAGCUGCCAGAAAAAAGAAGAAGGGCCAUGGAGAGACAGUCAUACCUCCACGCUCGCUUUUCGAAAAGGCCAGCAUGCUCAAAGUUCGCCGUGAGGGCAAAGACCAGAAAAAGAACUUCUCGCUUAAGCAGCAGGCACCGUUUGCCAAGCCGCUACCUUCCCUGGUUAAACCUGCCAUGGAGGCAGGUCAGGACAAUCCGGAGUGGCUCAUCAGUGAGGACUGGGCUCUGCUUCAGGCUGUGAAGCAGCUGCUGGAGCUGCCUCUAAAUCUGACAAUCGUGUCCCCCGCCCACACGCCCAACUGGGAUCUGGUGAGCGACGUCGUGAACACCUGCAGCCGCAUCUACCGCUCGCCCAAACAGUGUCGCAACCGCUAUGAGAACGUCAUCAUCCCCAGAGAGGAGGGCAAGCUGGUGUACGAAGCCAACCCGAAGAAGAAAACCAAGAGCAUAUACAAGUCUAAGAACAGUCGUCCUCUGAGGACGUGUCAGAUCUACACACAGGACGACAACGCCUCUCAAGUUCAGCUGUACAACAGUCGCUUUGAACUUAUGAAAAUAAUUGCCAGCAAGAGAAGCCCCCCAAUCAAACCUCUACUUGGAAUGAAUCCUUUCCAGAAAAACCCCAAACACGCAUCAGUCUUGGCAGAAAGUGGAAUCAGCUACGAUAAGCCUCUGCCACCCAUUCAGGUGGCAUCGCAGCGUGCUGAAAGGAUUGCCAAAGAGAAGAAGGCCCUUGCCGAGCAGCAGAAGGCUCAGCAGCUAGCUCAGCAGCAGGCUGGAGCUCCCCAGGCCGGGGCCGUGCCCGGGCAGGUCCAGGCUCCAGCUGCUGGACAAGCCCAAGUCCCUCAGGCUCCCGCCGCCGUUGGAGCCACUGCUGUGCCAAAUGCAGCCGUACUGGCUGGAGCCAUAAAAAACGCCACUGUGGGCACAACCAUCCAGGCGGCCACCGUAGGGGGGAAUGUGAUUAUGAACACAGUGGCUGGAGUUCCUCCAAGUCCCUUCCAGGCCAACAAACGCCUGGCAUCUCCAGUCAUACCAGGCACCCUGUCUCCCGCAGGCACACCGGGAGCCCAGGUGGUCCACGCACAGAGAGCCAUCACAGCGGCCGCGGCGCCCGCUGAGGUGGUCGCCAUAGCUACGGGUCAGAGUGUCAGGACUGUGACCGCGGUGACGGCGUCCGCAGUGGUUUCUACAACUCUGAGCCCGGUGCAGACAGUGCAGGCCCGGGUCCAUCAGGGCCCACCAGCCGCCAAUAUGCACAUUCCACAAAGGCAAGUCACUCCGGCCCACGUGCAGUUAUACAGACACCCGCCGCAGCAGCAGCAGGCUACGUCCCCUCAGACCAAAGCUGUGGGCAAACCUCAGGAGUUUUUAAAGGUGCAGAAACAAAAACUGCAGUUACAGCAGCAGCAGCAUCAGGGUCAGCAGGCCUCGGGAGCCCAGCAGGCUGCCCAGGUUCAGCCUGCACAGGCCGGCCAAGCCACGCCCCAGAUGGCCACUGUGACCGCACCCAGACCUGGAACCGUGCUGGCCGGCACCCCCGUUAACGCUCUGCAGGUGGCCAGACUGACCCGGGUCUCCGCUCAGGGCCAGAUUCAGGCCCAGCCAGGACAGACUGCUCAGGUGACCCUCACCAAACCUCCCGUGGUGUCAGUUCCAGCCGUCGUCUCAUCCACCGGAGUAGCUAACCUGCCUGUUACAGCCAUUAGUGUGGCCAUCGGCCAGGCGCAGAAAGGAGGCAGUCCCACGCUGACGCCGCCCUACCCCCCGGUGCAGGUCCAGCAGCUGAUUCACAUAAAGAAGCAGCAGCAGGCGGCGGCGGCGGCGGCCCAGCAGAAGGCGGGGCAGCCGCAGCAGGGCCAGGCCACUGUGCAGCAGAAGAUCGGCGCCCAGCAUGUGACGGUGCAGGCGGCCCAGCCGGCCCAGCAGCCGCAGAAAGUGACCUACACCACCACCGGAAUCAAAACCCAGUUCUUUGCUGCGUCCAUCGCACAGGCUCAGAAACCGGCCGGUGCCCAACAAAUCCAGGUGGCUAAGCUGCCUCAGAUAGUGCAGCAGCAGCCGGCGGUGGCCAACAUUCAGCAGAUCGUGUCUUCCCCCCAGCAGAUCCAGGCGCAGCCGCAGACGGUGACUCUGACGCAGGCGGCCACGUCGGCCCCCGCCCAGGUGACGAUGAUCCCCGCCGGGACCGCCGCCGCCCAGGUGGUCCAGCAGAAGAUCAUCCAGUCUCAGGUGGUGACGGCCACCGCGCCCUCCCAGAUCCAGACGCCGGCGCCACACAGCCCCGCCCAGCCGCCCGCCGCCCCCUCGGCC